AUGACUAUUGUUGCCAAUGACAAUAAUGAGCUUAUUCCAACAAGAACUAUGACUGGAUGGAAAGUGUGCAUGGACUACCGCAAGCUCAAUAAAGCUACAAGGAAAGAUCACUUCCCUCUUCCAUUCAUUGAUCAAAUGUUGGAUCGCUUGGCUAGUAAGGAAUAUUAUUGCUUUCUAGAUGGAUAUUUUGGUUAUAACCAAAUUGUUAUUGCUCUUGAAGAUCAAGAAAAGACUACAUUUACAUGUCCUUAUGGCACUUUUACUUUUAAAAGAAUGCCAUUUGGAUUAUGUAAUGCAUUUGCCACCUUUCAGAGAUGUAUGAUGGCCAUAUUCACAAACAUGGUGGAGAAAUGUUUAGAGGUAUUUAUGGAUGAUUUUUCUGUCUUUGGAACUAAUUUUGAUGAUUGUCUUUUAAAUCUUGCUAAGGUACUCAAGAGAUGUGAAGAAACAAAUUUGGGGCUCAAUUAA